AUGGGUGGUGAUUUUCCAUUUCUUUCAGACAGCGAUGAAGAUAAAGCAGUGAAUGAAUUACUCUCACAGGCAAUGGAUCAGUGCGUUCUGGAACAAGUUGUGGCAAUCAAUUGCUCUGGAUUUAACGAUUCAGGGCUUCCAUCCCAUUUAGAAACUCGAUUUCAAAAGCUCAAAUCUUUACCUUCUUCAGGGAACCCCAAGCCUAAGCCUCCAGUCCGGAGCCAGAGUCAGUCUGCUUCUUCCUCAUCAGAGUUCAAGCGCUCGAUUGAAGACAAAUCCAUCCCAAAUUCGCAGUUUUGUCUCCCAAAAGAUGCUGCAGAAAACGGGCUUCCGUUGGACUCGAAGAAGAACUCAGUAGUUGAUGAAGAGGGUUCAAAAGGGGUGUCAAAAUCAGGGGUUGAUGGCUCAAAAGACCCUAAAUUGGAAAAGUGUUUAAAGGGGAAUCCCUUAGAAUCUAGGUUUUCUGGGGAAGAAGAACCAUCAUCAGAUUCAUUUGAUUUCUUGGGUGAAAAAGAUGAUAUUUUUUCUUCAUUUUCCACCAAGAAGGUUCAGGAUGGGAAAAAGAGGAGAGGGUUCAAAUCCCCAUCCGACUCCUCUGCGUUUCCGUCGGAAAAUUCCUCAUCUGAGAGUUUGUCUCCGCCGCCUCGGAGAAGUGGCUGUUUAUGGUGUUCCCCCAAAAGGAGUCCGAGGAGGAAAAAUGAUGGGAUUUUAUCUGAUUUGAAUGGGAGUCGUUCAUUUCGGAAAGCCCAGGAAAAGUUGCUUAAAAUGGCUGCCAAGGAAGAGGAGAAAAUCAGCAGAGAAGCUGAGAAAAUUGUCAAGUGGGCAAAGCAAGCAUCUUCCAGGAUGAUGGAGGUAUCCGGCAUAGAAGAAGAUGGCCUAAGCGAUAAUGAACUUUGA